AUGAGCUCCCCGUUCUCCAUCAAUGGCGGCGCCUGCGUCGCAAUGGUCGGUAAGGACUGCGUCGCAAUAGCCUGCGAUCUCCGCCUCGGUCUCCAGGCCCUGACCGUCUCCAACAAUUUCCCCAAGAUCUUCCAGUACGGCGACGUCUUCCUGGGUCUCACUGGUCUCGCCACUGAUGUCACGACCGUCGGUGACCUCUUCCGCUACAAGGUCAACAUGUACCGCCUGCGCGAGGAGCGGAACAUCGCUCCGACCACCUUCGCCAACCUCGUUAGCAGCUCCCUCUACGAGCGCCGCUUCGGGCCCUACUUCGUUUCUCCUGUCGUUGCUGGCCUCGACCCCAAGACGGGCAAGCCCUUCAUCUGCGGUUUCGACUCCAUCGGCUGCAUCGACUUCGCCAAGGACUUCAUCGUCUCCGGCACAGCCUCCGAACAGCUCUUUGGCAUGUGCGAGAGCUUAUGGGAGCCCGAUCUGGGUCCCGAUGAGCUCUUCGAAACCAUCUCUCAGUCACUCCUAAACGCUGUUGACCGAGACGCCCUAUCCGGUUGGGGUGCACAUGUGUACAUUAUUGAGAAGGAUAAGGUCACCAAGAGGCUGCUCAAGGGCAGGCAAGACUAA